AUGGGUGGCUACAACGGCACGGUAGUAACUGAAUUUGUUUUAUUGGGGUUCUCAGGUUUUGGAUCUCUCCGGGCUCAUCUGUUUUGGGGUGUGCUGUGCAUCUACUUGGUCACCUUGCUGGGCAACUCCCUGAUCAUCCUCCUCACCCUGCUGGACUCGGCCCUGCGCUCGCCUAUGUACUUCUUCCUGCGCCACUUCUCCCUGGUGGAGAUCCUCUACACCACCACCACUGUGCCCCGCAUGCUGGCCGACCUACAGUCUUCCUGCACCUCUAUUCCGCUCGCCAGCUGCUUCACCCAGCUCUACUUCUUUGCCCUCUUUGGCAUCGCGGAAUGCUGCUUGCUCACCGCCAUGGCCUAUGACCGCUACGCUGCCAUCUGCCGGCCGCUGCAUUAUGCCACCUUGAUGAACCAGAGAAUGUGUGCGGGCAUGGUGGCGGCCUCCUACCUGGCGGGCAUCAUCACGGGCACCACUCACUCCAUCUUCAUCUUCACCUUGCCUUUCCGUGGUGCCAACACCAUCCAUCACUUCCUAUGUGACAUCCUGCCGGUGCUGAGACUGGCUAGUGCCGGCACCUUCUGGGGUGAGGUGGGGAAUCUCCUCAUCACCACAGCGUUUAUCUUCACCCCCUUCUCUUUGAUCGUGAUCUCCUAUGUUCGUAUUCUUGUCACGAUCCUUGGGGUUGCCACAUCCCAGGGACGUCAAAAGGUCUUUUCUACCUGCUCCUCCCACCUGUUUGUGGUCAUACUCUUUUUUGGGACUGGGACUGUUGCCUAUAUGAGGCCUCAGGCAGGUUCCUUUGGGGACACUGACCAGAUCCUUACGAUCUUUUACACAGUUGUCACCCCCAUGUGCAACCCUUUUGUCUACACUUUGAGGAACAAGGAGGUCACCGGGGCCAUAAGGCGGCUCAUGAAAAGGUACCUUUGGAGUCCUUGA